AUUCAAUCAAAAAAAAGUUAAGUUUUUUUAGGAAAUAAUAAAAAUAUCCAAAAAGUAGCUUUUAUUAAAAAAGAGUAAAUAAUUUGGCAGUGCACUAUGAAAUCUCUUUUUAAAAAACCUGAAGAUUCCUAAUAAAUAGAUAUAGAUAAUACAUCAGAAGAAGAAAAGGAUUAUGAAAGCUAAUAAGUUAAUUUUAGUAAACUUGGAGGAUUAAAGUAGCCAUUGAUAAAUGGAGUAGGAUAAGAAAGUAUAGAUCAAGACAUCAUAGAUUAUCAUCAGUAAUCUUACACUUCUACAGAAUAAAAAGGUUAAAACAAUUAAACUAGAUAAACAAUGCAUAAAGCAGAUAAUUUAUCUUAAUCAAAUCGUUAGCACAUUGAAGAGUAAAGGUAACCAUACAUAAGAAAAAGCAAAAAAGAAAAUGUGGUGUGCUUUUAGAAAAGGUAGACUUACCUAAAAAACAUGAAAAUAUAUAAUGCAUUAUAUAAUUUUACUCCUCCUAAUUAAAGAAUAUAAAACUAAGUUGAAUAGGUUCCAUUAAUUUAACAAAUCAUAGAAAAAAUCCCAGUGUUUGAGCCAUCAAAUGUUUAUCUCUUGUACUGGGAGUUUAUGAUAUUUAUUUUGACUUGCAUUAUCUUUUUCUUCAUUCCUAUUGAACUAUUUUUUCAGACUAGCAUCAUCCCUACUGAAGGAAUGGGUUUGGCUAUUAGAAUACUUUUGUUUAUUGCUUUUAUUUUGGAUAUCAUCUUCUAUCUCAACACUGGAUUUUUUGAUAGAGGAAAACUUAUUUUAGAUCGCAAAAAAAUAUUUAUGAACUAUUUAAAAAAAUUUUUUGAUGGAAAAAUUCUUGUUGAUAUACUUGGUAUCACCGGAUUAUCAUUGAAUCUCUUCUAAAAUGAUAGAAAGUUCGGAAUUGAUGUAUCAUCUUAUUUUUGUCUACUGUUUUAUGUGAGAAUUAUCAAUUUAAACUCAUUUGAUACAGUCAUUAUUUAGUAGCUUUAAUUGCAUAGAAAGAGCAAAGCAGCAUACUAAUUAUUAAGACUUGGAAUAAUUGUAUUAUUUAUUUCAAAUUUCUUUGCUUGUGUUUUUUAUAGAGUAGGUGUUAUUGAAUGUGAAUAUUAUGAUGGUAAGUGCUGGUUUAGUAAAAUUGGUGUUGAUGAUCCUUCUACUCUUCAAUAUUAUUUAUAUGCAUUGUACUGGAGUAUAACAACAAUGAUUUCUGUAGGUUAUGGUGAUGUAACUCCAGUAGCUCCAUAUGAAGUUCUUGUUUGUAUUUUUUCAAUGAUGUGCUCUUGUAUCCUUUUUGCUUAUAGUAUUAAUAGCAUUUGGUUUAUUAUCUCUGAAGUUUCUUAAGGGACAUAAAGAUAUUAGCAGAAUAUGAAUGCUAUGAAUAGGUACAUGAGAGAUAAAGGAAUAGAUCCUCAAUUAUCAAAAAAAAUAAAUGGGUAUUUGGAUUUUGUUUGGAAAGACACAAAAUCAAGAGAAGAUGAUAAGGAAAAAAAGAUAAUAUAAUCUCUUCCUCAAAACUUGAAGUUAUAAUUGAUCUACUAAGCCAAUUCUUUCUUUUUUAAAAAAUAUGAAUGGUCUAAGCAUUUUUCGUAUGGAUUUUUAUAACUUUUAGCAUAGUUUAUAACGGAAAAAAAAUAUUUGGAAGACGAUCUACUUUAUCAUCAAGACGAGUAAGAAGAAGACUAGUAUCUCUAUUACGUAGAGCAAGGAGAAGUAUAACUCUAUUAUGAUAUGUAAUUUUACAAUAACGGAUAGGGAAUACCUAUUUAGUCUAUUGAAUCAGGAAAUUUUAUUGGUUUAUAUGAGUUUUUUAGUGGAGAAAAAAAACAUGAAAGUGCAAGAUGUAUUGAAUUAACAAAUGUUUUUGCAGUUUCUAGAAAUGAUUUUUUAAAAAUCAUCAAAAACUUUCCUGAAGAUUAUUAAAAGUAUGUUAAAUUGAAAGAUUAAAUGGUAUAUUAGAAAAAUUAUAAACUAUUUGGCCUCAAAUGCUUCUUGUGUGAUAAAGAGGAUCACUUAAGUCAUUAAUGUGUUGAAGUCUAGUUAAAGAAGGAUGCUUUGAAGAAGCACUAAAUGCAAUUACAUCCAGAACUUUUCAUGAAUCUUAGAUAAGACGAUGACGAUGAAGAUAGAUAAAUAUAAGAUAUUCCUUCUCUAUAUUAAAGGGGGUUUUCUUAAACACUUAAUAAUAUUAAUAACUCUGAGCAUAUUAAAGAAAAUUAAAAAUAUUAUGAUAUUAAUCUUAGGUUAAAGUUUGAUUGUAAAUUGAUAAAAAAAGGAAAGCAUAAUUCAGAUAAAGAAUAAGUAAGAUUAUCAGAAAAGCAAACAUCAAAUAUAGCCUAAAAACAAACUAAAAACUUUGUUGUGAGCUCAUAAGAAAUUUAAAACUCAUCUAGUAAUGUUGGUUGCCAAAAUUAAAGGUAAAAUGAAAACAAUUAGUUUGGUUUUCAACAAUAGAGCCCUAGCUCAGAAAAGGCUAAUUAAAAUAUGUUUGAGCAAAAAACUGAGUAGGUAGAGUAUUUGAUAUGUGAUGAUGACAUAAGAAAUGUAGAAGAAAACUUCAGAAAGAGUCGUGUGCGUUCAUCCUUAUAUGAUGUGAUGCAAACUAAUUAAAUAGACAAUUAAAAGUUUGUAAAAUCUCAUGAUGUAAAUCCUGUUUAAUAAAUUUAAUAAUCACACACAUAGCCAAUUAGUGUUAGCAACACUUUUACUGAGCCAAUCAAAAGAAAAAAUGAUAAAUAACUUACAUAGAACUACUCUUAAAAAGAAAAAGUGAACUUAAACUAAAUCGGUUUAUAAAGGGAAUAGUAAAGGAUUUAAGAAAAAAACUAAAAAAUUAAUCAAAAAGAAAAAGAAUUAUAAGAUGAAAUAGCUGUAACUAAACAGAAUAUAAAAAUCUAAAGAAGAAUGCUAAGUUAUAAUCAGCAAUAAUAACCAUAGUUACUUCUUAGCAGUAGCAACUUAUAAGAUAAUUUUCAGAAUUCUCAAUCAUCAAAUAAACAAUUGACUUCCUUUGAUAAUCUUAAUUACUCACCAAGUAUAAGGCCAAUAAAUAAAAAUUUGAUUGUGCAGAAAACCUAAAAGCAAUAAUAACCGAUACAAAUAGAGUUUUAGAAUAUUAAAUAGUAGUAGAGAGACAAAAAAUCUCAACAAAAAGAACCUAAGAGUUAAGAAGAAUAAAAAAAUAAUCGUGAUUAAAAGAAAGAUCUAUCUGUACUAGUGACAACCUUAGUUUAAAAAUUGAUAGCAGAUGAAAAUAUAAUAUCUGAAGAAAAUGCUUAGUCUUUUAUAAGCAGAAAGAAUGAAGCAGAAGAUGAAGAGGAUAUUGACUUACCUCCAAAAGAAGAUGCUGAAGAUCUCAAUUAUAUUUUUUACAAGUAUUGUAAAAAAAAUUGA